AUGGCUUACAUCAAUGCCCGUAUAAAUGAGGAGAUAGAUGUGCAUCAACGACGGGACCCGACCAUUUUUGCUUCCGGGGAUUCUCUGCACUUCGACGAGUACACCCUACUACUGUGGAUAAUCUGUUCCGUCGAUCCUUUGUUACCACCACUUAGUCUACAAACCUGCACUGCCUUCCUAGUGGGCUCUACCGGAUUUACCAGGCUACUUCCACUUGCAUACAGGUCGAGAUCAUUCACGGAAUUGGCUUGCCACCCAUCUCUUCGUGCUUUUGCAGCCUCAGUGACAGAUGGCAAUGCACGUAUAGCUGGGGGGUCCCAGCCGCUUGUAAAGUCUCUUAGCAACCGAAGCCUCCUAGCGGCUUUCCAGGAGCCCUAUGUCGGCACCAUGCACAAGUGUUUUGUCGAAGCCUUGGAUUCAUACCCGAAUCUCCCAAACCAGAAAAAGCUUUACAUGAGAUCCAUAUCUGUUGUGCAAUCUUCUGGAAUGGGAAAGUCGCGUAUGAUAGACGAGGCAGCCAACCUUGUUUUCACUAUUCCGGCGAAUAUUCGCGAAGCACUCCCCAAGGGAAUAACAACUUAUCCUCCUCCGGAUGUGCGGCUUCGUGCAUACUUUGAGUAUCACCACAGCAAAAGUGACCAGCUCCUCCAAGCAGAAUAUGCGAUAUUACUCAAGCACGUGUUUGCUGCUGCGGCUGCCAGAGUACGAAGUGUGGCCGGAGAUCGGAAAGGGAGUGAACUGGCGGCUGCAUGGGCAGACUACCUCAAGGAUGGACAAGCUGAUGAGAGAGUCGGGGGAAACCGCGAAGCGUUCUACGAGGCAGCAGUGACUGCUGCUGAAAAGGAUAGGAAGCUAGUUUGCGAAGAUGACGGCGAGUUCAAAAGUCCUGGGUUGCUGGAUACACUAUUUCAGGAGAUGAAUGCCAGCGCCGAGCAGAUGAUCCGUACACUGGGACCAAGUUCCUCCGCUGACAAAACCCAAUGCGUGUUUUACUUUGACGAAGCACAUUCCCUUACCGAACCUCCGAAAAUCGCCAGUGAAGCACGCACACGCAGCCCCUAUCACAACCUGGGAACAGUCUUGUCGCGGCUCGUUAAGCUGCCGAUCUUCUUUGUUUUCUUGUCGACCAACAGUCACCUGCAGAAAUUUGCACCCUCGGCUAGAGACCACCCUCCGCUUCGCGCUUCGCAGGGUGAAUACCUUAUUCCUCCAUUUACCGAGCUUCCGUUUGAUGUCUUUACCGACCGAGUUCUCAAGAAGAUGAAAGGCUCCAACGAGCCCCGUUCGCUUCGUAACGCAUGCACGAUUGAAGUGAUGUCAAGCAUGGGUCGCCCGCUGUGGUUCGUACAUCAUAAGCUGUUGGAAGAGCAAAAAAGGACACGACAGCGGCGAUCGGUGGACGCCGUUGUCUCCAUGGCCUACGAGAAACUAACCAGCGGGGGAGCCCCCUCGCGAACCUCCCAGGCCGAACUUGCUGCACUCAGCGUUCGGAUUGGAAUAGCCUUCGAGUCUAUGAACCCUGCUGCUCGCGAAACCGAGUCUCAGCAAGUCGAGCGCCACAUGCGUAUCGUGUAUGCUAUCCCUGAGCACCGGGAAUACAUGCGAACUGGAACAUCAUCAGAGCCUGUGCUGGCUGAGGCGGCUUCAAAGUACCUUCAUGAUAUCUCCGGGGAUGGUGGGAUAGCUAUUGUAGCCCCCCGAAUCCUGGCAGACAACUGUCAAAAGGGGUUUCUUGCGAGAGGGGAGCGAGGAGAGCUUUGCGGCCGGCUUCUGAUGACAAUUGCACACGAUAUUGCUUUGACAAGAGCCCCUUAUACAAUCGACCCACCGCUGGAGGAUCCCGAACCAAUGUUUCAUCGGCCUGUGCCUGUUCUGGCCUUUCUCCGUUCACUGUUUGCGAGCGACCACCACGACACUAUCCUGAAGGCAACGCCAGUGUCCGACGAAGAGGAAGGGCAAUCCUUAGAGCUCGCGUUUAAGGAUGCGUUUGUUUGUUUCUCCCAUUUCGCUCUUGCCGAGGACUCGGAUAUGCUGUCGUCCAAAGCGCUGAGGACAGCCCUGUUCCGUGGGAUGGCGAUGCAAGCUAAGGACAACCAGCCAUCAAUCGACGCGGUGAUUCCGAUACAUAUGGGAUCUAUUGAUCAAGCUAUCACGAUGGAGACCACUUCUGCAAUCAACCUUCAGUUCAAGAACCGGAAGCAUUCUCUCGACUGCCCUGUGGACCGCACAAUCACAGUUGCUGAUGCGGAGAAACCAGUGAUAUCGAUUGUGUUCGAGUUCGGAGAGACGAACAGCACGCUUCCACGCGUGCAGGUUCGCCACGAACAUCAUCGCAGAACCCGGAGCAAUAGAACUCACCCCGACGACAAACACUACUCGUUUGUUACUCGCGGCUUUGGUCCAGAAACCUACGAGUCGAUUCCUGCCGAAGCCACGCACUAUUAUCGGACUAUAUUGGCUACGGGUGGUCUGAAGGAUGAUUUCCCUCGGGCCAAGAGCGCGUCCCCCUAUGUCAAACUUGGGGAAGUCUCCCUCAAGCAAAUUACAAGCCUCCUCCUUGGCCUCCUUGGCCAAGUCAAGAACCUUGAGCGGAAGGUGGAAGAAGUCCAAGAAGCAGGAGUCAAGGCCUGCACCAACCUUGAGAACAUCUCUCAAGCCGUCAAUACUGUCAAGGAUGGGCUUAAAAGCCUCCAACUCCACGGGCCCCAGACCCCAGAAGACACCAAACCCCCGGCCAUGGAAGCAACGCCACGCCCCCUACCAAAAGUCAACCCUAUUGGAUUGACUAGUUGGGUCUCAUUCUGGCCCAAACCAUCCAAGGGGCUCCCUGCCUUUGCCCAGCCCAUUCCUGUCCAAGCAGUGCCCCUGCAAGUCCCAUCUCCCCCUCCAUCUCUGCGUCUCCAAUCCCCAAUUGGGACAGCUGCCCCUCCACCUCCGGCUCCAGUUGCCGCCUAUCCUGCUCCGGUCAAGGUUGACCACCCCAAUGCCUACACAGGCAAAAUAGGGAGCAAAGCCAAACAGUGGCUCACAAGGAUGUUGGCCUGGACGCGGCUGAACUCCUGCAUGUUCCCCACCAAUCAGGAGAAGGACUCCGCUGGGGCCUGGGCCCACCCACACCUUGACCAGCUUGGGUCACACCAGGCCAUCAUUCAAACAGUCAAAGGUUUCAAACUGGAGUUCCUGGCAGCAUUUGGCAACCCUGAUGCCACAAGGGCCGCUGAGUGGAAAAUUACUACGCUUACCCAGUCCGGCACAUGCGCGGACUACAUCACAAAGUUCAGAACCUUGGCCAUGGAACUGGACUGGAACAAUGCGGCCCUUAGAGGCCAGUUUGCCCGUGGCCUCCAUUGGGAGGUCAGUCACCAAAUUGCAACACGCAAACACCAUCCCUGCACCCUCCUCAAGCUGCAGAACGCAGCACUUGUUAUCAACAACGCUCUCCGUGAGGAGCAAGCUAGCCACCCACCAAGGGAUAGUAAGCCUAGCAAGCAAUCCAACCCCUCAAGGGGGACAAGUACUGGUCAGCCCACAACUGGUUUGAAGAAACUCUCCAAUGACCCCAAUUUUGUGUUGGAAGAAGAGAGGAACCACCGUUGCGCCGCUGGCACCUGUAUUAAAUGCGGCAAAAUGGGUCACAAGUUUGCGGAAUGCCGUACAGGCUGGAAGGCCACCCCUAUUGAGGAUAAGGGGAAGGCAAAAGAAACUGCCAAAAUUGGCAAUGACUCUGAGUACCAAUUGGGAAAAGAUAACAAUAGAAUAUCCCCACUCUUCACAAUUUCAAUUAAGCCAGAGAAACAAGUGGAACAACUAGAAGUCCUGAUAGAUUCAGGCGCCACCUCAUCUUUCCUACACCCCUGUACCGCCAAGGCACUACGCCUACCUCUCAUUGACCUCCCCACACCACGCACCGUUACCAUGCUCAAUGGGUCAAGCCCCCAGGCCAGCAAAAUCUGGAAGAAGGCAGUCCUAACCUUCUCCUUUGAUGGCAAACAAAUGACGGAGACCUUUCUAAUUUGCAACACAGGGUCUCAUGCUGCUAUCUUAGGAUUGAAAUGGUUGGACGCUCACAAUCCAGAGAUUGAUUGGAACUCCCACACCCUAUCCUUCCCUCACACCCCACCAGAACAAGUGGCCAUUGCCAAAGAAGAGGAAGCUGACCAAAACCCCCUUGAAGGAGUACCCUCCAAAUAUCACCAAUAUGCCAAGGUGUUUGGAGAAGAAGAAUUCAAUAAGCUUCCUCCCCAUAGGCAUUACAACAUUGGAAUUGAGCUUACCAAGGAAGGCCCUCUCAACUCCCCCUUGUACAGUAUGACAGAUGCUGAGUCUGCCACACUCAAAGACUGGCUCUGGGACAAAUUGAAAGCUGGAAAGAUCCGCCCCAGCAAAUCCUCAAUCAGCUCCCCUGUCAUGUUUGUUCCAAAGAAGGAUGGUUCCCGCUGCCUGGUAGUUGAUUACCGUUGCUUGAAUAACCGGACAAAGAAGAAUGUUUAUCUGCUGCCCCGCCCAGAUGAUCUCAUGGCCCAGCUCCGUGGUGCCAAAAUUUUCACUAAGCUAGACCUAAGAUGGGGUUACAACAACAUCUGGGUAAAGGAAGGUGACAAAUGGAAGACAGCUUUCCGCACCAAAUACAGUCUAUACAAGUCCCUGGUUAUGACCUUUGGCCUGACUAAUGCACCUGCAGCUUUCCAACACUUCAUGAACAAGUUGUUCAAGGAUUUAUUGGAUGUAUGCGUCAUCAUCUACCUUGAUGACAUCCUAAUCUACUCAAAGGAUGACGCAACCCACACUCAACACGUUCAUGAGGUCUUACACUGGUUAAUGGAAAACCAAUUAUUCUGCAAAGUGUCAAAAUGCAUGUUCCACGUUACAUCUGUAGAAUACCUGGGAAUUAUUGUGUUGGAUAAAGGUUUCAGCCUGGACAAGCUCAAGAUCCAGGCGGUUCAGGAAUGGCCCACGCCCACCAAGGUCAAGGAAACCCUUACAUACCUGGUCAAGAAGGACACACCCUGGAAAUGGGACGCAAAGGAGCAGGAAGCAUUCCAAGGAUUAAAGAACGCCAUCACCAAUUCCCCAGUUCUUUGCCAUGUGGACCCUUCAAAACCUUACUUCCUUGAGACAGACGCCUCUGGAGCAGCCCUGGGAUCCAUACUCAGCCAACAACAGGAAGACAGGCGCUUACACCCACUAGGCUUCUUAUUGGAAUCAUUCAAGGGAGCUGAGCAGAACUACAACACACAUGACAAAGAGCUGCUUGCCAUCAUAUGUUCUUUUGAGUACUGGCGCAUCUUCCUGGAAGGAACAGAGCACCCUAUUAUGGUAUUCACUGACCAUUGCAACCUGGAAUACUGGAAGGAAUCCCAAACAUUCAACCGCUGCCAUGCCAGAUGGCACCUACUGUUGACCGGAUAUAACUUCCAAAUUGUCUACUGCCUGGGGAAACAGUCUGGAAAACCUGACGCCCUAUCACAACACUCUGACCACGCCAACAUUCCACCUACCAACCAGACCAUGCUCCCUAACUCUGUAUUUGCCAAUGUAGCCUUGGUAACCCCCAAGAAGGAACUCCAACGCCAACUUGAGGCUGCCCUAGAUCAGGACAAAUCACUGGAGGAAAUAUUACAAUUCCUCCAGAACAAGUCUAAGGCACCUCCAUCCAUUAAACGCACCUUCAAGGAUUACCAAAUGGAGGCUGGACUCCUCUUCUACCAAGGACAAAUUGUAGUCCCUGAUGUUGGAACACUGAGGACGGACUUACUCCACAUCUUCCACAACAGCCCCUUGGCAGGACAUCCAGGAAGACAACAAACCCUGGAGUUAGUAUCAAGGGAUUAUUACUGGCCUGGGAUCCAUGCCAACACAUACUGGCACAUGGACUCCUGUGAAACUUGUCAACGGAUAAGGAAGCCCAAAUACGCGUCAAUACCGCCCCAACCCCUUGAGCUCCCUAGCAGACCAUGGCAACAUGUAUCCUAUGACAUGAUAGUGGAUCUGCCCAGGGAUGGAAAUUGCAACUCAAUCUUGGUCAUUAUUGAUAGUUUCACCAAGUACAGUAUUUUUGUCAAAUGCUCCAAGAAGCUCAAGGCACCCAAACUAGUGGAAUUGUUCCUGGAACACGUGUGGAAACAACAUGGGAUGCCUGAAAAAACAGUCUUGGAUAGGGGAAGGGUUUUCAAUAACAGGUUCCUGAAGGCAUUAUACAAACGCCUAGGAAUAGACCCCCACUUCUCUUCAGCGUAUCACCCUCAGAGCAACAGCCAGACAGAACAGGUAAACCCCUCAAUAGAACAUUUCCUUAGAGCAUACUCAGGGGUUAACCAGAGGGAUUGGACCAAAUGGCUUCCCAUGGCAGAAUUUGUGUACAACAAUGCGGUACAUAGCAGUACAGGGAAGACACCGUUCAAAGCCCUAUAUGGCUGGGAACCCACUUUGACACUGUCCAAUAUCCCAACAGACGUACCGGAAGCCAAUGACCUUGCUGUAACAAUGGAAGAACAAUGGAGGGAAGUCAAGGCCGCUCUUUGGCAAUCCAAAACACAAAUGGUUGCUGGGGAAUCAGGAAACCCCUUAGAGUUCAAAAUUGGAGAGGAAGCAUGGCUUGACGCCAAAAAUGUCAACCUCAAGACUCUAAGUCCUAAGCUAACAGAACAACGCUUAGGACCAUUCAAAGUCAUCAAGAAGAUCUCUGACCAUGCUUACCAGCUCAAACUCCCCCCAACAAUGUGUAUUCACAAUGUGUUCUAUGUGGGAUUACUGUCAAAGGUUAAAAGGGAUAACAAACGUGCCUUCAAAAACCGCCCACCACCAGUCACUGUGGAUGGGGAGGAAGAAUACAAAUUCUUCCAAGUCAAAUGGAAGGGCUAUGGUUCCAAGGAAAACACAUGGGAACCUUGGGAAAACUUGAAAAAUGCGGAAAAUUUUUUGAAAAAAUACAAGGAAGACAUGAAGAAGAAGGCCCUUGGCGCUGCCAAGGCCCUUAGAGGGGGGGCAGUGUUGUAG